GGCGACUCGGGGGGCCCGCUGGUGUGCCGGGAGGAGCUGCAGGGCAUCGUGUCGUGGGGGAUGCAGGUGUGCGGGCAGCGGGGGAAACCCGGCGUCUACAGCCGCGUCUGCGAGUUCACCGCCUGGAUCCACCACACCAUGAGGAAGAACCGCCACGGCUGA